ACAUUAGAAAAAAUAAAAUAAAAAAUAUCAUUAAAUCUCGGGAGAAGCUGUUAAUAAUCCUUCGCGUUUCCUAUUUUUUAUAGCGCUCUCAAAAAAAAAGACAAAAAAUAAUUUUACAAAUGGAGAAUAUCAGUGAAAACCUGGGGUCGGAAACGGAAGAUGUCUCAUUCUUAAGAACGAAUGAUAUGGUUACGCUAUGCUGUAUUCAAGUUUCAAACACUGGACAAAACGAGAGGCUAUGUCUAGCGGCCGAGGGUUUUGGGAAUAGAAAUUGUUACCUAGAAAAUUUAGGAGACAAAUCAAAGCCUGUGGAUAUGUCGGUAUGCGCUUUCACCAUUGAACAGGCCUUGUCCGUCAGGGCCUUACAAGAGCUUCUGUCUUCUAAGGAAGAAAUAGAUAAAACGGGAUCUCAAGCCCACCGGACCCUGUUAUACGGUCACGCCGUUUUGUUAAAGCAUUCCCACAGCAAAAUGUAUUUAUCAUGCCUCUCCUCAACAUCUUCAAUGGAUAAGUUAGCCUUUGACGUCGGUCUUAAAGACAAAUCCAGAUGUACAGGAGAAUCUAGUUGGUGGACUGUUCACCCAGCUUCCAAGCAAAGAUCUGAAGGCGAAAAGGUCAGAAUUGGAGACGAUCUCAUUUUAAUAAGUGUUUCGUCCGAACGUUAUCUGCAUACCGUUAAAAAUAAAAGAGAGGACUCUCAAGUUAUCGCAUCGUUCUCCCAAACGAUAUGGAGCAUUGGGCCCUACUCGAGCGGCAAUAUACGCAACAAAUACGUGGGUUAUGUAUUCGGUGGACAGGUUUUGCGUGUGUUCCAUGGCCAAGAUGAAUGCCUAACGGUAUCUAAUUCAAAUGACUCCCAAUUGGAUAAUGGCAUUCGCCGAAAUUCUCGGCUUUCCAAAAAUCUGGAUUCUAAUUCUGACUCCGCCAGAAAUUCAUCAUCUUAUGCGUACUCUCCCUCCUCUCAAGCCAAUUCUACGUUUGCCGCCUUUCAUAAUACCAGCAGUCUUGGUAAUUUUAGCAAUUUUGGCAACUCGCUCAAGGUCAACCCUAUUAGCUCUAUUAAUAAAGCAUCCGCCCCGAUUGAACAAGUUAAAUGCGUUAUGUACGAGUCCGGCGAAGCUUGCCAUCAAGCUCGUUCUCUCUGGCAAUUGGAAUAUCUCAAGACGAAAUAUAACGGGGGUCUAAUGGGUUGGGCAUCACCACUUAGACUAAAACACUUGACCUCUGGCGAUUAUUUAGCUUUAUUACCAGCGAAUAUGAAUAGGGGUGACGCUAUAUUGAUUGGUGGAGAAUUUGAAAAAGAUUUUAAAGGUAGUAAGACUGAACCUCCCAAAGAAUGGAAUCUUAGUCUAGUGCCAAAAGUAUCUGCUAGCCACAAAUACACCCUGUUUUGCUUGAGACCAGCCAAGGAUGACAAAAAGGUCACCAAUUUGGACGAGGACAAAGAGGAAGAGUCAAUGGGAACACCUGUUAUCAAAUAUGGUGAUGUUAUGGUUUUCAUUCAACACGUGCACACCGGUCUCUGGUUAUCUUAUGAAAUUUACGAAACCAAGAAAAAGGGUAUCGGAAGAGUGGAAGAGAAAAAGGCCGUGAUGCUGGAGGAAGGCCAUAUGGAUGAUGGAUUCACUUUCACGAUGGCACUGGAAGAAGAAGCCAGAUCGGCACGCGUUAUAAGGAAAAGCACUUCUAUAUUCGAAAAAUUUCUAAAUGAUAUUUACCUAUUGGUCUUCAGCCAAAAAUCGAUAAAUUUAAAUUUGAACGAAAUGCAAAAAUUUUGGGACGAUUUAAUUGAUUAUUUUGCUACCCCUUCCGAUGAUUUAGAUAACGAAAAACGACAAAUUAGGUUAAAAGCUCUCAAAAAUAGGCAAGAUCUUUUUCAAGAGGAAGGUAUAAUUUCGGUGGUGCUCGAGGCUAUAGACAGAUUUAGUUCUCACGAUGUUAAAAACAGGAUAAUAAGCUUAAUGGACGAAAGGGAGGCGGAAAGAAUCGAUUAUAUAUCAAACCAGCUGUACACACUUUUAGCGGCGAUAAUAAGAGGUAACAGAGCCAACUGCGCCCAAUUCGCUCAGGGCAAUAGGUUGAAUUGGCUGUUCGAUCAACUAGAAAAUCAACAGGCGUCUAAAGGGGCUUUGGAUGUUCUCCAAUACAUAUUGGUGGAUAGCCCAGAAGUUUUGAAUAUGAUAACGGUGGAUCAUAUCAAAGUAAUCAUAUCGAUGCUCUACAAACAAGGCAGGGAUCCUAAAAUAUUGAAUGUCCUGUGCUCUCUAUGCGUAGGUAACGGCAUAGCAGUCAGAAAUAAUCAGCGCUUGAUAUAUGAUCAUUUGAUUCCUCCAAAAAACAUAUUGCUGCAAACUAAAUUGAUUCAUUACGUUGUAAGCAUGAGAGCUAAUAUAGAAGUAGGAGUGAUUCCAAAUUGUUCUAUGUACACCAGAUGGUAUUACGAAGUAUUGAUAGAUCAUGUUCCAUCUGAAUUCGAUACUCUAAGCCCAGAUUCAGCUUACGAAGAAGAUGAAGGAGAUGAAGAAAUUUUGGACGGUAACCAUUUGAGAAUAGGCUGGGGUAACAAUUCAUUCCCAUCGUUAUUCCCUGGUUCUGGACCCAAUUGGGGCUCACCAGGGGUAGGUGGAGAUUAUUUUUCUUACGGAUUUGAUGGAAAUCAUCUAUGGACCGGAGGUCAAAAAUACAAUCUCAAUAAAUCCCAAACGGUUGAUCCUGGAUUCAAAGCUGGAUCCUUAAAGAAAGGAGAUAUUGUUGGUUGCUUGCUAGAUUUAACGGUUCCGCACAUAAAAUUCACUGUAAAUGGGCAAAAGGUGAUGGGAGAAUUUAGAAACUUCGCAUUCUCUCAAGGCAUGUUUUUCCCUAUGGUUAGUCUCACAUCCAAGAUUAGCGCGAGAUUCAUGUUUGGGGACGAUCAAGGGAAACUAAAGCAUGGACCACCUCCCCUGUAUGCCUCACUCUCCGAAUGCAGAUCCUGGGGUGAUAAGAUAAAAAUUGUUCCAAUCCAUGACUUUGGAAACAUUAAAAAGGGAUUAUUUAACGGACCUUACCCUAGGAACAUGUGCGAUAAACCAUUUGUGCCCAACAUAAUUCCUAUAGCUAAAAUAAUAUUUCCAGUACAAUUAGAGGAUAUCAAGAAAAAACUAGCCGAAAAUCUUCACGAAUUAUGGGCAAAAAGUAAGAUAGAACAGGCGUGGAUAUACGGGACCGAAAGGAGUGACUCGCAGAAAACGCAUCCUUAUUUGAUAUCUUAUGAAAAUUUACCUGCCAUCGAAAAAACUUACGAUUUACAACAAGCGCUUGAUACUUUCAAGUACAUAAUGGCUCUUGGAUACAACAUAAUAUUGAAGAAUCCCAACACCAAAAUUAAAAUACAAAGACUACCUAUCAAUUAUCAGAUGUCAAAUUCUUUCAAGCCAGCACCGCUAGAUUUGACUGGGAUUCCAGAUAACCCCAUAAUAGAUAAUUUAACUCUGGCCCUAGCCGAAAACUUGCAUAAUAUAUGGGCCCAAGACAGAAUAUCAAAUGGUUGGAGUUACGGACCUUACAUAGAUGACAAAUUGAAGAGGACCCCAUUUUUACUGGCAUAUAAACACAUCCCAAAAUUUAUCAAACAAGCAAACGAAGAAAUCGCUCAAGAAUCGAUUAAAACCAUAAUUGCUUAUGGCGGUAGCAUAGAAAUUCCUCCAGAGGGCAAGGAAAAAAAUAUAUUCAUGAACACCAAUUCCACCAAAAACUUUGAAUACCGUACCUUUAGAGCCGAAAAAACCUAUGCGGUCGCUCAUGGCAAAUGGUAUUACGAGAUUGAGGUUCUCAGUAAAAACACUACCAAUCCUGAUGCGGGACCUUACGUUAAAUGCGGAUGGGCCUCCCCGAAUUGCUCUCAUUUGAAACCUCUGGGCAUGGAUGAACUUUCUUACAUCCUAGAUUGUCACACAGGUCAUAAAUGGCACGACGGAUCGGGGGAAUCUUUUAAUAGCGGGAAGGUGUGGAGGGCAGACGAUGUGAUCGGGUGUUUAGUUGAUUUACACGAUCUGAAUGUAGUUUUUACGGUCAACGGUGAACCGAUAUCUGAUCUAGCUACCAACGGCAAUGAACUGGCAUUCGAAUCCAUCAAUCCUACCAUGGAAGGCGGUUAUAUCCCGGUCUUCAGCCUAGGAGUUGAUCAACGAGUCAAGCUCAAUUUCGGAAACGAUGUUAGAACCUUAAAAUAUUUUACCAAUUACGGGCUCAAAGAAGGCUACGAACCAUUUGGAGUUAACAUGAGUCGAAACAUACCUUAUUGGGUUGAAAGACCGAUUGGCGUUUUUGAAAAUGUGCGUAACGCUAAAGAAGAAAAUAUCGUGAUCACAAAAAUACCCUCGAGCGGCGAUGUACCACCUUCAUUUAAAAUUACGGCUAAACCGCAAAGCAAGGUUUGCAUGAAUUAUAUCCGUUUAAAUCUGCCCAUUGUUAUAGGACAACCUCACCCUAUUAAGCGGAGAUUUUCGAGUAGAAACUCUCAUAAACCUUCUUUCCAGUUCGAGAGUGAAGGCGAUGAUUCCAAAUCUAGCCCUUCAAAAGAAACUAAUUCCAGAAAUUCUACAGGUAACUUGAAUGAAACAUAUGUAGAGCCCGAUACAAUUAGAAAAAAUAAAUUUGACUCAAAAAGGGAUGAAUUGAUAUCUACCGAGGAUGAUACUCAAUCUCAAGAUACUGUCGAAAAAGGGUUUACAGAAGAUGACUCCAGAUCAGAUUUACCGACGAUAAAUAUCGAAGAUAUGGGAGAUAUUAGCAAUAGUCCUGAUCAAACUAUUCUUUCUCAAAUAUCAAGUAUUAAUGCCGAUAUAGAAGAUUCACAUAUUCAUUCUAAUACGGAUCCUCAGGAGGGUGCUUCUAGUGAAACUGCAGAUUUUACUUCCGAUUCUUUACCCUCAUCUAGCGCAACAGAACAACAAUCUCAUUAUUACGACUUUAAUAAGAAUUCUAACAAUAGCAACGAAACUGUUGCUCAGAAAGGAACUAACAACAAAAAAAACAGGGAUAAAAGUGAAUCAGCCCCACCUGACAAAAAGAAGGAUAAAGAUAAGAAGAAAGAUGGCGGUAAGACAAGAAGUAAAAGCAAAGAGAGCAAAGCGAGCAAAGAUAGUAAAGACGAUUUACGAGCAAUCAAAAUAAGUAAACUCAAUAAAGAUGCUAAAGUUAGUGAUGUUAAGGGUGGCGAAAUUACCACAAGUAAGCCGAAAAGUUCGCGGUUUGUGGCAGCGGAUAGUAUCGACGUGGCAGAACUCGAUUCGUCUACCGAGCCUAGACUCGAUACGAAUGCAAAAGAAACUUCGUCUAAAAGAAGUCAAUCUACAUCACCCGGCUCAAGAACAAAAAGUUUUACCGAUGCUAUGGAUCAUAAAAUAAUAGUUCAAAAUGAAAAAGCUAGUAGUCCAAAUCCAAAAAAGAGUGUUGUGAAUUACCCCGUGAAAAAAUCUUUGGAAAUCUUAAAUACUAACACAGUACCCGAAGGCCAUGAUGGAUUUUUGAUGAAGACAUUUAGAAAAAGUUUCAGAGGAGCUAAGAAGCGGGUCGGAGAAAUGGCUGAAAAAAUAUCUGCAGUCGUUCCGGAUGUCAGCGAUUCUGGUUAUGCCAAAGGCUACAGGAAGAAAAUCAGCUUAAAGAUCGAUAUUCCCAAUACUGCGAAUGCUGAAGAAGAGGAUCAAAAUGGCGGAGACGAAGAAGGUUCAAAAAUGAAUGGUCAACAAAUCGUUAAAAAUACAGUCGAACCUGAUAUUUCUUCCAAUUAUCAAUUUUCAAAUUCAAUCGGCCCAAGAAAUGAGGUUAUCAAAUGGAAAGAGCUCGAGGAUUUUUACUUCGGUGUCAGAAUAUAUUCCGGUCAAAACUUUAAAAGCAUAUACGUCGGCUGGAUCACGCCACUGUUCAAUCAUUAUUACGAAAAUUUCAAUUUCGAUAAAAUACGUUACACCGAGAUAAGGAUUUCAGGGACCGGUCCCAGAUCCAUUAAUGAAACAUAUUACAAUCGUGACUGCGUCCUAAUAAACGUAGCCAAUUUGCAGAAACAUAUCGAGCAGGAGGUCAAAAUAUCAACGAGUGUUUUGGUGGGGUGUUAUAUAAAUCCUACAAAAGGGAAGCUGAGAUUUACUUUGAAUGGCAAAGAUUCCGAUCAUACAUCUUUUAAAGUCGACUUGGGUCUCAAACUCUACCCCGCAGUUUUUUUCGAAACUUCUUCCACGAGUAACAAAGAAAUCCUAAAAAUUGAGCUAGGAGGCACGAAUGAUGGCUUACCCUUGUCUUCUUUCUACUUUAACAAGAUUCUUAAUGUAACGAAGGAAAAUAAUAAUGAUAAUAACACUAUAUAUUCUGCCCAAUGUCCACCUAGGCUAAACUGUCAAAUCUUGAACCCAAAAUCCCUAACUAGGGUUAGCGAAAAUUUUACUAAGGUUCACUGUUUAAAGCUUUCCAAUAGUAAAGGUUGGAGCAUGCUAGCUGAUGACAGCGAUAAAAAUUGGAUGGCCAUAAAAAUUCCUGAGGAAAACAGAUGUUUAGAUAUAUUGGAACUCAAUGAAUACCCUGAACUGUUGGAUUUUCAUUAUAACACCAUGAAAUUAUUUUGCGCGCUUUGCUCCCAUGGUAAUACUAUAGUAUCGCAUAUGCUUUGUCAAGAGCUCAUAGAUCAACGCCAAUUCAUAUUUUGCCUACAAUCUAUGUUCAUGCCGGGUUCUUUAAGAAAUAUGUUCACCGACUUGAUGAUAGCCAUGUUCAUAGAACCUAUAUCGAAAAGUUUCGAAUUAACCAAAGAUGAAUAUAUUAUUCCUUUGACCAAAAAUAUUCUAUCUUUUAAAAUGUUCAAGUCGCCUGACGAACAAGAUUGGUUUGAAUAUUUUUUGAAAUCCAAGAUAUCCAUCUCAUUCAAGCCUAAAUACCCUUCCACCACAAAUAUUCAGAAUAACAAAGUGAAAGAUUUAUCUGCUGUCAAUGAGAUGGAUCCUCCGCCGUUUCCGCUUUUAGACUUAAAGAAAUACGCAUUAUCAUUUUUAAAAGAUUCUCUUUUGAAAGGUUUAAGUCUCUGUAGAGAUCCUAUCGGAGGAAAUUAUACUACUUUAUAUGGCCCUUUGUUAAAGGUUUGUAACAAACUGAUAUUGAUGGGUUAUAUCAGUACGGAGGAUAUGUUGAUGUUACUUACUAUAUUGGAUCCCAAGGAAAUAGAAGGAGCACCACUAGAAUAUAAAACUGGAGGAUUAAUUGAUCUGAAUUUAGACGAGAGUGUUAAGUUAGAGAUAUGCCUCCUGUUGAAAAAUAUUUGCGACCUAAGGCUUCGCUUUAAGAUAGAAUCGAUAAUUGGAUUUUCUGAGGAAUUCUGCCGUAACCUGCAGAGAGAUCAAAUGUACCGUUACCAUGAAAUCAAAAAUUCCGAUCUGCCAGCUCCUCUGGCAGCUAAGAUGACUAAAGAAUUUAGAUGUCCACCCAUAACUCAGAUGCAAUCUCUGUUGUCUUUCAAAAAGGAUAAGGGUAAUAUAUCUAGUGACAUUCUUGACGAAGCGGCAAAUGAUGAUAAUUGUCACCUGAGACAGGAGCAAAGACUGGAGCUCAUAACUUUCUACGAGUCUUUGCUAAAAUCAUUCAAUAUGACAGAGGGACUAAAUCUCGAUGGUAUUAAAGAUCAAGAGUCCGUGCCUUUAGUUGAGAGGAUAGUCACAUAUUGCGUCGAAAAAUUGAGCCACCAGAAUACGGAAGAUAAAAAUGCUCAAUCAUUAACGGGCGAAUUAACUUACGACACUCUUUGCGACCUGAUAAUCAAAAUUAUGAUUAAAUGGGCUAAGGAGAGCCAUAUCAGCGACCCGAACUUGGUCCGAGAAAUAUUCGCUUUACUAUACCGACAAUAUAACCAACACCAAGAAGUGUACAAAGCUUUGCAAAAAACAUACACAAUCAAGGGUACCAGUAGUUCUGAUUUCAAGAGUUUUCUUAACAUGCUUGUUAAAAUACGAUCUCUGCUAAAUGUUCAAAUGGAUAUUUCGGAAGAGAAAAUUAUGUUUAAAGGGCUCUGGGAAUUAGCUAAUAACAAAAUUUUCUUUCAACAUCCAAAUUUGAUUCGUCUUCUGGGAGUCCACGAAAAUGUGAUAGAAGUCAUGAUAAAUACCCUUAGCAAAAUGUCAGGAAUCGUUAAUUUAGCCGACGAUAACAUAAGAGAUUCGAAUUGCCAAAUUAUAACGGCCUGCUGUAGAUUUUUGUGCUUCUUUUGCAGAACGGGUGCUAAAAACCAACAAGCUAUGUUCGAACAUUUAAGCUAUAUGUUGGACCAUGCCACUAUGCUUCUAGACAAGCCAUCUCUCCGAGGAUCGACCCCUUUGGACGUAGCGUAUUCAUCUUUUUUGGAGAACACGGAACUAUGUUUAGCUUUAAAUGAAAGUCAUUUGGAAAAAGUUAUUCUUUAUUUAGCCAGAUGUGGAGUCCAAAGCAACUCAAAAUUGGCCGGGAGAGGUUACCCAGAUAUAGGCUGGGAUCCUGUCGAGGGAGAAAGAUUUUUAGAUUUUCUGAAAUACAGUGUGUGGGUUAACGGCGAAAGUUUGGAGGAAAAUGCUAAUUUAAUCAUUAGAUUGUUGAUAAGAAAGCCGGAAAGCUUGGGACCUGCCCUAAGAGGACAAAGCGGGGGCUUGCUGAAGGCCAUGAAAUCAGCAAUUAAAUUUUCAUACGAAACUUCUCCCAUCUACUAUGACCCGAACGAUGAAGAUUCCAUAGAUUUGGGAAAAUCGAUCUUAACAUUUUAUUCCGUUUUGAUAGAAUUAUUGGGAAAAUGUGCCAUAGGGGACUCUGGCAACAUAGAUACCACCACCUCCGAAAAGAUAACUAAUAGUAACUUAAAGGCAGAAUCCCUAAGAGCUAGAGCUAUACUCAGAAGCCUGGUUGCACUCAACGAUUUGAAGGGCAUAUUGAGCCUGAGAUUUAGGCUACCUAGUUUUUAUUCUAAUCUCACCUUCGAUUCAGAUAACGUUGGAGGUGAAAAAGCAAAUGAGCAUCCCAUGCCACCUGGUCUAACUCCCGACCACAAGGCUUCUAUAGUUUUGUUCCUGGAACGAGUCUAUGGAGUCCCCGAUCAAGAGACACUAUUCCAUAUCAUGGAAAACGGAUUUUUAUUGGAUAUGCGACAAGCAAUCAUUUUGGAUUCAGAAAACGCAUCCGAAUGCGAUUUAGCAUUAGCUCUUAACCGAUACCUAUGCAACGUUGUUUUUACUUUUUUGGUCAGAAACAGUGAACAUUUAUACAAUGCAGAACCUCAUUCAGCUCUUAUGAAUACCAUUCUUUUGACGACCUACAGAUAUUCACUUUGUCAUUCUCUCACCAAGAAUCAAAGGAAUUCUAUAUCCGAAUUUUUGCUUUGUUUUGUCAAAGCCUUGCCACCCAAAAUGUUAUAUCCAUUACUCAAGAAAUGUUCGAUCGAUAUGCAAAUUUUGAACGAAUUUUCAUUCGUUCCUUUGAGAGUCCUAACCUGGUUUUACCGGAAUAACAGGGCAUAUUAUUUCGCCGCAUCUGAUUCAGCAUCCAGUUAUUCCACUUCUUUUAACACUGAAACCACAGCUCAAUACGCCAGCGGUAGCGAGACUAAAAUUGCCACCAUUUUAUUUUACGUGUUAUUUGAUGCCCUGGCCCAACAAGAAUACAACCACGACCUAUUCAAGAUAGCUUUACCAUGUCUAAUAGCUAUAGCUUCGGCUCUGCCCCCCGAUUACUCCGUUGGAACAUAUUUCAAUAAAGAAUUGGAAAAGAUACAUAGAGAGCUACCUCAAAAUACUCAUUAUUCUUCUAAUCCGGUUGACGUUUCUGAGUCACAGGACCUGAGUGAUUACGAGUUUGUGAUACAAAAAUUUGCCGAACAUUAUCACAACUCAUGGGCUAGUAGAAAGUUUGAAAAGGGAUGGUCAUAUAAUCACAACAAAAAUGACGAGGAAAAAGGUCACCCAAGGCUAAAAUCGUUUGAAAAAUUAUCGGAUUACGAAAGAAAGAUGUAUACCGAGCCCAUCAGGAACUAUAUCAAAACUUUGAUAGCUCAGGGAUGGAAGUUGGAUAAGAUUCAAAAUCCUGAUAACGCUAUAACCACAUUUAAUCUUCUGAGCAGGAGGAGAUCAUCUAAAGCUCAGGAAUCAGACCCUUAUUACUUUAAUCCUAAGAUGGUGGAUAUGUCUAACAUGACUCUUUCCAGCGAUAUAGAGGAUGGCGCCAAUAAUUUGGCCGAAAAUGCUCAUGAAGCCUGGGCUUAUUCCUUCGAAAAUGACAUGCAGAAUAAACGCGUUCAUUGUUCGGUGUCUUAUGUUCCAUACGAUUUACUCACUGAAAAAGAAAAAAGGAAAGAAUAUUAUAGAGUAACAGAAUUCCUGAAAUACUUGCAACUAUCGGGAUAUAAGAUAAGCAAUUUUAAUCAAGAGAAAGAACAAAAUAAAAUUUACAUGGGAAGCUCGGGCAUACAAAACCUAUUUUCUUGGAACCUUUUAGACAAAUGUUUAACCUACAUGGACAACGCUAUUAAGACUAUAGUUCCUAUAAACGCUUCCCAAAGAUUCUCGAGGAAUCGGGCUUACCGCACUACAACUAAGGAUGUUAAAUUCUUUUUUGAAGUCGUUUUGCCUUUAGCUAAAGCAUAUUUUCAAGCCCAUCAAGCCUAUUUUAUCUCAAAAUUGGAUAGUAGCAAUUACCUGUCUUCUAAUAACGACAAAGAAAUACUUUGCAAAUUCAUGUGUAAAUUAGCAGCCUUUGUCAGGGAUAAAUAUUUUGCAUUCGGACCGCACAUUCCAUUAGCCGUUACCUGCUUGCAAGCUAUAAUAAACGCGAUUGAUUUUGGGUCAAUAUGCAAACUAUUCCCCGACCUUUUGAGGACAUCUUUGACCCCCUUUUUCCAAAAUAGUGCUAGCGAUCUAGGGGAAUUGGUCAAUAAUUUAACUAUCCCUCAGUUUUCGGAUCUCAAAAUAAAUUUCGGAAAAGGCAACAGUACCUUAUAUUACGUUCAAGGAGUCUUAUAUCCUAUACUCACAACCUUAUUCAAUCAUUUCUACCUUAAAGACUAUGGCAAAGAUAUUCUAAUCGAUGAUAUUCAAAUCCUCGCUUAUAAAAUACUGGUUGCGUUCUAUACCCUAAGCAAAAUUUCGGUCGACUUUCACGAUUAUCCUAGUUUGAAUUUGGAAAUGAACAACCAUAGACCCAAUAUCGGUAUAUGCCUGGCCACGUUCUCCAAUUGUUUUCCUGUAGCAUUCUUGGAACCGACGCUUAAUAAAAAUAAUAGGUAUUCUGUCGUUGGAAGGUUACAAGAACAUUCAUAUGAAGAGCAAGAUAUUUUAAACAAACUUUCAACUCACGUUCCGACGUUGGAAAACUUAUUUCAAGAAUUGGCAGAUUUUAUGGAAAAGGGAGCCAAUUACGAAGAUUCGCCUGAUAUGGUAGAUGUCUUAAUACCCAUGCUUUGCAGCUACAUGUCUACCUGGUGGAAUUAUAAGAAAAAUCAUAGAAAUCAACACGAAAACACGACAAUGUUAAACAUAGAUGACAUCAAUAAUUUGACGCUAACAAUAUUCGGCAUAAUUGACAAAAAUAUAGGCAGAGACACAUCUUCGUGGAUGCCCAAGAUAUCGGGUUACGCAAAUCUAAUAGUGAGUUAUACAACCAAAAAUCUUUCCAGAACCUAUUUAAUCAACAUUAUGACGAAACUUAGGGAUCACGCUGAAUUGUUGGGCGGAAUAGAGGGGAGACUUAAAUACGAAUCAGCUGAUCAAGAAGAAAUGACCGAAUACGAAAUGUCUAUUCAGGAGGACUACAUGUUACUGAUUCGGGAUAUAUACACUGUCUACGUCUUGUUGAUCACCUAUAUAGAUAUGUAUAGAACUAAGUGGUUGAGGGAAGAUGAUACGGAUGCUGGUAAACUUUUUGUUUUGAUAGCCCAAAUCUUCAAAUUGUGGAUCGUUUCUCAAAAUUUUAGACGGUACGAACAAAACUUUUUGAUGAAAAUCAACGCUAAUAAGGCAAUUAAGCUCUCUAAGACGAGCGGAAAUGCUCUACCCGAUACCACGACAAACAAAUCGCGGAACAUUAAAAAAUAUGAAAUCCACCAUUCGGAUAGCCUAGUUAUAACGUCGUUGAAAAGAAUUAUACCCGUCGGUUUAAACGCUUUCGAUGGAAAGGAACAAGAAUUGAUUCAAAAUUCGAAAGAAAAGCUACUUCAAGGAAAUUCAGAAGAAAAUGUCAUGGAAUGGAUUAAACAACAGAUCGAAAAUAACCAAAAAACGAUUAUGAAUUCUAAUAGUCACAAAGUGAACAUGGGCCUUAAUUGGCAAACCGUUUUGUACAAUGAGAUAGGUAAAGCUAGUCGAGUAGACGAAGACGAUAGUGAUUUGUCCAGCAUUGAGAAGGCGACUAAAAUUUACGAGAUUGCGUACGUUAUUUACCAACUUCACAAGGUUGAACAUCCACCUCCUACAAUAAAGCAUUCUUGGCAGAGUUUAUUAUCUUCCCCAAGGAAAAAAGCGGUGGUAGCUUGUUUCAGAAUGAUAGCACUGCAUUCAUUGCCUCGACAUAAAGUAAUCAAUAUAUUCUUGCUCGUAUUUAACAAAAUAUGGUUGUCCAAUGUGGAUCCACACGAAGAAAAGUUGAUUCAAGAUUUACAAUGCAUUAGAUUCGUGAAAAAGCAAGAUACCAUGAGUUCCGAUAAUGCCACAUCUAACGCUUCCACAUCUACCAGUGUCAAUAGAAUCGAGGAAGAGCACAUGAUUAAUUUUUUCCGUACGGAGCCACUCUUAUUAUUACCCAAGGGUAAUGUGCCAACUCCUGAUCAAUCAUCUCACAUGAGACCAGCAAGUAGUGAAUCUCUAGUAGUAGCAACUAUCCCAGCAUCUGGGGGAACGACUCUUAAUCAAAUAGAUGAAACAGUGCUACAAUUGCUAGCUACCCACUGUGAUAAAGUUGAAUUCAACGCGUUGACUCAUCUUGUGAGAUACUUUUACGAGAGCGCAACUUCCAGAAACUCAACUGAUUUUGCCUCCGCAUCUACUACCACAGUUGGAGCAGAGCAGGGUCUUAAUAAAAAUGUUCAAACCAGUUUAGGUGGUCACGACUUAUACCUGUCUUACUGCGUACUAAUGUCUAAGAGUUGCGGAGGACCUUCAGAUGAUCAAGAAGAGGAUAGCGACAAAGAGGCUAAGAAAGAGAAUAUUCUCAAACCUCCAAAUUCAGGACUUCUGGAUAACGAAGAUGAAGAUAAAGAUGAUCAAGAAAUCAGUGUGACUGCAAAAGAGCCUAAUGGAAACACUGUUGUCGAUGAAGUUGAAGAGGAAACAACAACCAGUUAUCAAGAUCAAGAGGCGGAAAGAUUGAGACUUUUGUCCGAACAACUUUUGUUAGCUAAAUGUGGUCUAUCCGAGAUGAUACUUUUAUACAUAGGAGCCUCCAAAUGUAGUUCGGAGAUUAUUAUGAAGAGGACUCUAGAGUUAGGUAUUUCUAUAUUGAAGGGUGGAAAUACAGAUAUUCAAAGGCGGAUGCUUAAGUAUCUUCAAGAAAAGAAGGACGUUGAUUUUUUUACUUCAACAUCAAGCUUGAUAUCGCGUUCUACAGUAUUGGAUCUGGAAGGAUUUGAAAGGAAUAUCAAGGCGGAGUCAUUGGGAGUCGACCUAUCAGACUCUAUAGCGGGCAAAAAUAUGGAAGAUUAUGAAUUAACCAGAGCGCUCUUUAGAUUUUUGCAGUUGUUAUGUGAAGGCCAUAAUUUAAACUUUCAAAACUAUCUGAGAACUCAGAUCGGAAACACAACCACAGUGAAUAUAGUUGUGUGCACGGUAGAUUAUUUACUGAGGCUUCAGGAAUCUAUAAUGGACUUUUAUUGGCACUACUCCGGAAAAUCUUCCAUCGACAAACUCGGUGUAAUGCUAUUUACUAGGGGCAUCGAGGUAUCCAAACAAGUAUUUAACACGUUGACAGAAAUGAUACAGGGGCCCUGUCUGUAUAACCAAUUGGCUUUAGCUCAUAGCAGGUUGUGGGAUGCUAUAUCUGGCUAUUUUUUCCUAUUCACGAAUAUGCAAAACAAACUUUCCAAAGAUGUGGACCAAAUGGAAUUGCUGACUGAAUUUUUGGAGCUUCAAAAAGAUAUGAUAAUCAUGAUGUUAUCCAUAUUAGAAGGCAACAUUAUGAAUGGAACCAUAGGCAAACAAAUGGUAGAUACGUUGAUGGAAUCGUCUUCUAACAUCGAGAUGAUACUAAAAUAUUUCGAUAUGUUUUUAAAAUUGUCAAACACAAUUCAAAGCCCUUUGUUCUUAGACUAUGACCCACAUAAAACUGGCACAAUAUUUCCCAAGGAUUUCAAAAGAAUAUUAGAUGUUCAAAAAACCUAUUCUCAAGAGGAAAUAGAUUUCUUAAUAAAAUCCUGCGGAACAAAUAAAGAUGGGAAAAUGUGCUAUUCCGCUUUCAACGCGAGGUUCGAGGACCCAUCAAAGGAUAUAGGCUUUAAUUUGGCCGUCUUACUGACCAAUUUACAAGAGCACGUUAUAAAUGAACCCAGAUUCACCAAAUUUCUAGUUAACGCUGAAAGUUUUCUGAAACAUUUCGAACCCUUCUUGGGACGCAUAGAGAUAAUGGGUAGCAGCAAUAGAAUCGAAAGGGUCUACUUUGAAAUAAAACAAUGUCACAUCGAUCAAUGGGAGAAACCCCAGAUUAAGGAAUCCAAAAGGGCAUUUUUACAUAGUAUGGUCAACGAAGCCGGUGACAAAGGCAAAUUGGAGUCAUUCGUAAAUUUCUGUGAAGAUACCAUUUUUGAAAUGAAACACGCCACGAACAUUAGCACUGAAGAAGAAUUGCCACCCGAAAAGCGGAAAGAGACUAUAGAAUCCACGGAAUCUAUCAAGAAAUAUAACUUAUCUACAAUACAUCCAAAAACUCUCAUUAAACAUAGUUUUUACUUUAUCAAAAACGCGUGCGAUUUUUCUAAUUUCCGCUCGAAAUUCUCGAGUUUCAAGAAAAGGUUUGGUAAAAUGCAAGAGCUGAGCGCCUACCAAAAGUGUCUCAUAAUACUUUCGUUCAUAUGGAAUUGUUUUAAAACCACAGUUGGAUUCAUUUAUUUAAUCGGAAAGGUCUUCUUUACCUGGGUGAGUAUAAUGAUGAAAGGUUACGAUUACAUAGUCGAAGACAAAAACAAGGAAGAUACCAAUACCUUAAAAUUUCUCAUGUCAAACGCCCUGAAAAAACCUAUGAAAAUAGCCAAACAUAAGGCUAAAUGGGAUUUCAUCGAAGAUAUGGAAACCCCUAUCCCUUCGUCCGUAUUUGGAAUUGAACUGACAAAUAGGAUGCAAGAAAGAGUUUCUUUGCCCUCAAUAGACGAGAUAGAUGAAUUAGAUCAAUUAUAUCUAUCCGAACAUUUGCCCAAAUCGUUUUCUUUCGUCAAAAAAAUUAGCACUGUGAAUACCUUGGAAGAAGACACUCAGGCAAGAAAGUCCAUGAAUUCCCAAAGAAAAUCUAAAGAGAUGAUAAUUGCCAAAAAUUUGCGACAGGCCAAAAAGGUAUUGACAAAACCCUCAGGACCCAAACGGGCUCCCAUGAUAGAUAACAAGAAAUUAUUCGGGUUUGUGGCUAGGAAUUAUUACAAUAUCAAAUAUAUUGCUCUAGCCCUAGCUUUCGCUAUCAAUUUUCUCCUACUUUUUUUCAAAGUUGACCAAGUACCUUUAGAAGAAAAAUCAUCCAAAAUUGACGCAUCAAAUUUAAAUCUAUCUGAGGCGAAUUCCAGCGAUUCUAAUGUCAAAGAAUAUAUAAGGUUGGACGAGAACGCCAUAUUUUUGAGUCCACUCAUUCAAAUUCUUUGCGUCACUCAUAUAUUUGUAUCCUUAGCUAUGUUGAUAGGUUACUAUUAUCUCAAAGUACCCCUUUCGAUAUUCAAGAGGGAGAAAGAAAUUUGCAGACAAUUAGAAUUCGAAGCUAUGUGGAUCGAUAAGCAGCCGGGUGACGAGGAUUUUAAAGAUCACUGGGACAAAUUGGUUAUCAACACUAACACCUUCCCAAGAUACUAUUGGGAUAAAUUAGUGAAGAAAAAGGUCUUAGUUAAAUAUUCCGAGACCCAUGAUGUCAACGAGUUAAGGGAAUUACUCGGUCUUCAACAAGAAUCUCAGUUUUUCGACACCAAUGAAGUUCAGAAGAUUAAAACACCCAAAAAUGUGGAUUGGAAAUACGAAAUAUGGCACCUGGGGAUCACUCUGACUGACAAUUCUUUCCUCUACAUCAUGAUUUACUUCAUAUUUUCCGUCAUGGGGAAUUUCAAUCAUUUCUUCUUCGCUGCCCAUUUACUUGACAUAGCCAUAGGCUUCAAGACUCUCAGGACAAUUUUGCAAUCUGUUACGCAUAAUGGAAAACAGUUAUUGUUGACAGUUAUGAUGACAUCAAUCGUAGUUUACAUUUAUACCGUGAUCGCGUUCAAUUUUUUCCGGAAAUUUUACAUUCAGGAGGAAGACGGAAUUCAAGAUUCCAAAUGCCAUAAUAUGCUAUCGUGUUUCGUAUUCCAUCUAUAUAAAGGGGUUCGAUCCGGUGGUGGAAUAGGCGAUGAAAUUUCUGCACCCGAUGGAGACCCAUACGAAGCCUACCGGAUAAUCUUCGAUAUCACGUUCUUUUUCUUCGUUAUUAUUAUUCUCCUUGCCAUUAUGCAAGGUCUAAUCAUCGACGCGUUCGGCGAAUUGAGAGACCAACUGGAACAAGUCAAAGAUGACAUGGAAUCCAAUUGCUUCAUAUGCGGAAUCGGGAAAGAUUAUUUCGAAAAAAUUCCUCACGGCUUCGAGAUUCACACUAAAAAAGAACACGAUCUAGCCAAUUACAUGUUCUUCUUCAUGCAUUUGAUUAACAAACCAGAAACGGAAUUCACUGGACAAGAAACUUAUGUAUGGAGAUUGUAUCAACAAAGAUGCUGGGAUUUUUUCCCAGUCGGUGAUUGUUUCCGAAAACAAUACGAAGAACAUAUUGACGCAAACUAAUAUUGUAUUAUUAGGGCAUAGAAUUACAAUUUAUAUGUUCCAUUCAAUACAUCUUCCAGAUACUAAUGUUAAAGAUCAAUUCUAUUCUAGCAAAAAAAACAUCUCUUAUUUAUUUUAUAAGUGUAUUACGUUUAUUUGAUUUUUUUUUCCUUGGGGAUGUUAUAAAUUACAAUUUAU